UCUCUCUCCCUUGCUCGCUUCUGUUCAGACAGUUGGCAGUAAUAAAUCAAAUAUUCUGAAGUUAAUAAACUAGUUUGUAAAGUUACACUGAGUCAACAUGGCAACCCUGGAUCCUGCUACCCUUCCUGUAGAGAAACGUAUUCUACACCUUCCUCCCCUUCAAGAGGUUGCCGAGGUCCUCCAGGCCGGACUCCGUCAGAACUUUGCCGAGGUCGAGGUCGUGGCGGUCGAUUGUCCUGACCUCCGUGAGUGGGGUAUAGCUGGUGAAGGACUAGGAGGUAAUACUCGUCUUCUUGAUGUCGGAGGACCUCCGUUCCUAAUCCCAACUGUGAUGAGAGAGAAACUGUAUGAUAUGAGAGACUAUCCUCAGCUGACAGGACUAAGUGAAGGGAUGAUGAUCGGAGCUGGAGCUGGACCUUGGCCCUAUAUAAACAGGAACUCGGAGAUGAUGCCGAACCUGUUCGUCAAACAGGACAAAACGAUUAUCCAGAGGACUCAUAUUACGAGGACGAACGAUGAGGACGGAUCCUACGAGACUCUGAAGCUGCCGGAGUCGGAGACAAGGAAUGCAGUUCUAGGAAACCUGUUUCUGUGCUCCGGAGAACCCGGAAAGGUUCUCAAGGUCCACUGUAAGGUACGGACGGGAGAAAAGAACUUUGUGACCUGUAUGCGGGAGGUGUUGAAUGCCUACUAUGGAGAAGAGUUGACGGUUGGUAUGGGAGGAGUUUUUAAAAUUCUCCAGGGUAAAGUCUGGAUCCAUGUGAUGCCCGACUUUUCUCCAUGUCCCAUAAACACUGACGAGGAUUUGAAUAAUUGGUUAAAGUUCUAUGAGAUGUCUUCACCCUUUACAGUUCUCUCCACUCUGAUAUCCAGGGACCCUGAACUAGACCUGAGGGUUGAACAUGGGCAUGGUUGGGGAGAGAAUAGUCAGGGUGGUCACUAUCACUACGACACUACUCCUGAGGAGGUUGAGUACCUAGGCUACUACAACCUGGCAGAACUCUGCUAUAGGGUAGAUAAACCAACUAAUACUCAUCAGCUUGGCAGAGACUAAUGUCGUCUUUAAAUACUCAUCAGUUUGGAAGAGACUAAUGUCGUCUUCAAAAUUAAAAAUGAAGAGAUAAUUGCAGUCGUACCACUUUAUGCACGUAGUAAUUUGUCGAAGAUUUUAAGAUUUAAAUACAUAUUUUAACUGAUUAAAAAUCAAAA